UUGGGUGGGGCCGCAGCUUUAGCUGGAGCUAGGCUGAAAGGGAGGAGGAAGAGGAGGGUGAGAACAUGUAGAAGAGAGGAGUGCUGAUCUAAAAGUGAUGGUGGAGGAGGAGGAGGAGGAGAGAGGGGAAGGGAGGGGCCUAAAGGAUGGGCUUGUAGGCAUUGUCAGGCAGAGAGUAAGAGAGAGAAAAGAGUUGCACCCAGGCAGUGAAGAGCGUGUGUGUGCAAACUGGGAUGAAUAAAUGCACUGGAAGGCUUAGCUGGUGAUACAGCCAGAGAGAAAGAGAACGAGAGAGUGUGUGUGUGUGUGUGUGCAAGAAAGUGAGUGAGAGAGAGCGAGAGAGAGGGUGAGAGAGAAGUGAAAGGGAAGGGAUAAAGGGAAGAAAGAAGCAGAGAAGAGAAAGGGAGGAUACUACAACUCCAACUAUGCUGUGCUGCAUAAGAAGAACCAAACCGGUGGAGAAGAAUGAUGAUGCAGAUCAGAAGAUUGAACAGGAUGGCACCCCCAACAAGCCUGAAGACAAGGCUCACAAGGCUGCCACCAAAAUACAGGCAAGCUUCCGUGGACACAUAACUCGGAAAAAGAUGAAAGAUGGAGAAGAAGAGAAGGACGGAGACAGUCCUGCUGCAGAAGAGGCAGAAAACGGAGAGGAGACGAAGAAGGUGGAGGGAGAAGAGGCACCUGCUAAGCAGGAGGAAACUACAGGAGAGGAGGCCAAGAAGGAGGGGGAGGAGACAAACCAGGCCAAAACCCCAGGAGCAGAUAAGCCAGCUAACUCUCCUGCAGGCACAGCAACUUCUCCCGUAGCAGCAGCUCCAGCUGCUGCCUCUCCCACUGCUGCCACAGCCCCCUCUGAACCUCAGAAAGAGGAGCCGAAGGCCGAGGAGAAGCCCAAAGAGGUGGAGGCCACAGCCAAGAGUCCCACCACAGCCACAGCCGAGGAGAAAAAGGAGGAGAAGAGUGAGGGGAAGAAGGAGGAGGCCAGAAAAGCCGAUGUGCCUGCUGCUGUCAGUCCGACAGCUGAAAAGGAGGAGCCUAACCAAACAAAUGAUAAAAAAGAUGCUGCAGAGGAAUCAAAAGUGGAGGAGAAUGCCCACCCAGAUGGGGCUGCGGAGACCUCUGAGGCCAAGGAAGACUAAAGGCAAAGUCUUACCCACUGGAAAUUAGAAUCACGAGAAAAUGAUGAAUAACACAAAAACAAAAAUCUUAAAAGGUUGCUCUUUGCCUUCCCAAUGUCGAGGGCAGUCAGUUUCUAUUUGUUUGUCAUUUUUUGUGUGGCAAUGAUUUUCUCAUGUUGGGGGAGUUUCCAACGUGAAGUUUUUUGGCUCAAGCUAAUAGUGUGACGGUGGUGAUGAUGAUGAUGAUGUCUGUAUUAAUGAGUGUGAAAAAUGAUAUUACCUUGAUGAUGAUAAUGAUGUUGCAAAGGUAAAAAGCUACACUACUGAAUAUGUGUGAAUCACAACUGGAUUAUCUGCUUCCAACUGGACCUCUCACACAUUUAAAAUGCAUUGCCAAUGCACCAUGGUUCAUUUGCAUUGUAAUGCACUCUUUUUUAAAAUCACAUUGCGAAAACAAAAAUCUGUUCUGCAAAAGCAUGCACAAAAACAAGUCAGUUUUUAAAUGCAACUCCAGUUUUCAGCACCGCGCAAGUGCAUUGAAAACACAGCAACACAUCAGAUGGAUACUCGAAUGUAUAUCUAAAUGUGUGAGAUUUCUAGUUGGGUAGUUCUAGUCCAUAUCAAAAAUAAGACAAUAAAAUUACUGCUAUUUCUUUUCAGCUUGAGUCACUCAAGCUUGGUUUACACCCCUUUUACAAACUCUGUCAACCCACAUUUACAGUAAAGGACCUGUUGCCAUUUAAAUCCUAUAAUAAACUAUAGUAAAUUACUAGAGUAUUGAUGUAACUGGCUCUUAUAUAUAUUGACUUGUGUUCUGCCAAGCAAGCGUGAGAACAGUAGCAUGAACCAUGGAACCAGAUGCAUGAUGGGAACUCUCCCUCCGAGAGGAACUUCUUCGCAGUCACAAAAACUUAAGAGGUGUGGCGGCUUCUUUUUAAUGUCUUUGGUGUUGUUAUGACGGUUUCUAUGAAUUGGAAAAAAAAAAAAAUUACUCUUGCACUGAUGUUACUGAAAAAAAAAGAUAAAAAAUCUGAAAAAGAAAAAUUCAAAGAUACAAAAUUCUUUUCCUAUGUUCCAGUGAGUAAAAUGUCCAGUUUCAAACUUAUCAAAGAGUUCAAACUUGUGAAAAAAAUGAUGAAAAAAAUAAAAAAUGGUUUCAAUGUCUGUUUUCAAAAUAAAGCAAAUGUGCCAAUUACCA